AUGUACCAUGACAUCAAGAGUGAUAGGAGGAAGGAUAACCUGGAGAGUUCACUCACUAUUCACCAUUUGACAGAAGAAAAAAAUAAUCUAGAGGCCAACUAUGACAAAUUGGUUGAAGAUGUGCACCAACUGUUCAAUGCUCAAGAGGAUAGGAUGGUAGAUUUCAGCUAUUUGCAGGCUAAGAUGCAGAAUGUGCAGGUUUUUGAGACAGUUGUAUCUGACAUGAAGACAGAGAUGGGGAAGAAAGAUGCAGAGAUCUUCAAGCUGCAGGAGAAGUAUAAAGUACUGAUGAACAUCACAAAAUCUCAAGGCACUGCCAUCCAUAACCUGAAGUUCAAUCAUCUAAAAGAGAAGGAAGUGCUUAGUACAUCCACCAGGAACCUGCAUUUCCAGGUUGAUGAACUCAAAAAAUCUGAGGAAAAGCUCAUCCAGGAGAACACCCAGCUGCUCCUUCACAUGGGUGAUCUCAAGAAGGGGCAUGACAAGCUCACAGCAAGGAGGGAUCGGCUAAAGAUUCAGAUUGCUGAACUGUUGAAGUCAGAGGAGAAGAACAAGCAGAAAUUGAAGGGGAUCCUGGACAUCUUGUCAGAAUGA